AUGGCUGACGGCAAUGACUGGCGAAGGAGGAUCCUCCUUCUGGUCACAACGGGUGGCUUCACCCAUGCUGCUCCUGUCCUUGAGAUUGGCGCCGCCCUCGCCUCCCGAGGCCACGAGAUCCAAUUCGCAACAUGCGCCGGCCAAGAAUCCUGGGCAAAUGACUACCCCUUCAUCAAGACCAUCCACACGACAGGCCCCGCAGCGCCAGAAGAUGAGAUGGACGCCCACUACGAGCGCAUGCGCCUCUGGACGCACAAGGACGGCUUUGCUCCCAUGUGCAAAUCCAAGUACCUCUUCGAUCGCUUCUGGACCGACGCCUACAAGUGCGUGCGAGCACUGUGCCUGGACGCCUCUACACAGCCCGACUUUAUCAUUGCCGACUGGUUUGCCGACAAUGUCGCAAGGGACAUGCUCAAGCAGUUCAACGUCCAGAUCGCCAGCGUCUGGCCUCAGAUGCCCUUUAUCAUGGCUCCCGUGAGCUAUCAGCCCGGCCAGCCCGGCUAUCAAGCCGACGGAGCCAUGACUUCAGAAUUCGCAACCCUGAUGUCAAGAUUCCGAAACGAAUUCGUUGUCGUCGCCGCCAUCCCGACCGUUAUAGGCUUCCUGCGCUGGACGAGGAAGAUGCGCGCCGAUGCUGGCGUUCAUUAUAGCCAACCAAUUCUGACCAAGCCAGACUAUCUCGUCCUGGUCAACUCGUUCUGGGGCCUCGAAACCCCUAAGGAGUUACCACCACUGAUGGCCUCAGUCGGUCCCAUCCUGGGCGACGAGUAUCCGCCUCUGGACCGAGAUCUAGCUGAGUUCCUAGAAACGCACGACAAAACCAUCUACGUCUCCCUUGGAACUCACGUUGCUCUCCCGGCUGAAGAGCUCGAAAAGGUAACCCUGGGCCUCAUUCAGGCUCUUGAUGCUGGCUCUAUCAACGGCGUCAUCUGGGCCAUCCCUCGCAAGGGCCGGGCCAAGUUCGAUACGUCAAAGUCCUACCCCCUCGCCGACGGCUCCAUCCUCAAUGUAGCAGAGAUGCUCAAGGAUGCCCAUCCUCGCUUCCGCCUCCCCGUCUUUGCUCCCCAACGAGCUGUCCUAGAACACCCCAAUACGGCCCUAUUCCUCACACACGGCGGUGGUUCAAGCGCCAAUGAAGCCCUCUUCCAUGGCAAGCGAGUUCUGGUGGUCGGCUACUUCUUUGACCAACUCUGCAAUAGCUCUCGUCUCGUCACCGCCGGAGUCGGCCUCUCCCUCGACAAGUCAUACCUUACCCCCUCUUCCAUCGGCGACUCCAUCACAAAGGUCAUCCUCGACGCCGACGGCACCUUUGCCCGCAACGUGCGUCGCAUGCAGCGCAUUGCCGUCAUCAACUCUCGUAGAAAGGAGCUUGCCGCUGACCUCGUCGAGGAGGUCAUGGCCGAUCAGGAACUGCGGUUCCGUGACGGGGUUGAGCUUCGACCGAUGCAUCUGCAGACUGCCGAUGUGCGAAUGCCCAUUUGGAAGGCAAGGAACUGGGAUAUGUGGCUUGUUAGUAUGACGGGUCUUGCUGCGACUGGUUUUGUGAGCUGGUGGUUGGCGACCGAGGGUUGGAAGACGUUGCCGGGCUUGCUUAGACGUUCGGUCGGCGUGGGUAGGAAUUUUAUCCAAGGGGUGGUUGAAAAGCGACUGUGA